UUUUGGCUCGAGAAAGAGUCACUCGUGGUGGUGGUGUGCUCGUCAACCGGAGACGGAGAACCGCCCGAAAACGCGUCCAAAUUCGUGAGAUUAAUAUCGAAAUUAACACCGUCAGAGGGUGGAACGACGACGAAUUUAUUGCAAAAUACUGAAUUCGGAUUGUUGGGUGUGUGA